CACGCAGCCAUUUUGUGACUUACUCGCCCGUUCCACAUAGUCACGCAUAGUGCUCUAGCUGUCCGGUAUCAGUGUGAACAAGUGAGUUACGUCAUUUCCCGUACCCUAAUUCAGAUCCAUAGUGAUAGCGAUUCUCAAAUUUCGCUUUAUCUUCCUACCGUUUGUCCGACCGUCAAACUACAUUCAGUAACGGCUUAGUGGAACACCUCUCGGUAAAUCGACAAUCUUGCAGCAGUUGAGACAAACAGUGGUGUUCCUCACUCGAGAGUGCAUCCUAAACGGACAAGUAAAACGACACGUGAGCAUUGAUUGUACUCCCCCCUUCGUGACAAUUCGGAGUGCGGCUGGCACCGACACCCAAACCAUUGUGAGCUAUGAUUGAACAGAUACAAACCCUCAAAGAGUUAAAACGACCCGAACUGGUCAACGGACCAUUUGCAGCUUUCCACAGCGGUCCCAAACACGAGUUGUUUUACUUUGACACUCGCAGGGAUAGUGGCGUGAAAGAAAUGGAUAUUGUUUCAAGAUUGUCACAAGACUCGAGUAAAUUUACUAAACCCCAGAUCGCAUCAACGGAUCAUGGAGAAAUAAGUACAGGAAAUACGAACUUUGCUCAGAGUUUCUCAAAUGUAUUGUCAGAAAGAAAACGCAAUAAUUCUUCUUGCUCAUCAUCCCCUCCAACUUCGGAAAAGUCAUCAAACUCAACUGCCUACUUUGAACCCUCAACAGCGAUGCGAGUGAUGGCUAAUAACGAGGACGCUGACACAAGUUUGCCAGACACGGAAUCGGAAGUCAGUGACAAGGCAGUCACCGCAUUGGUCAGCGCUAACGAUUCCGUUUUCACAUCAGGCUCCAAUCCGGUAUCUUCUAGCCCAUGUAUCCUGACCUUCCCUGCCAUGUCCGGCGCGUGCGAUGUUACGGCAUCCCAUCCCAUUCAUGCCCAACUGACCAAUGAGCGAAACGCGUCUGGCUUGACUGAUCGCUUAUCCUCAGCCUAUCCAACCAAUGGGGGAGCAGUGCUGCCAGCAGAACCGGAGCCAGCACUUCAGGCAUUACACACACAAGCCGGAUCGAAUUCCUACACUGAUUUGCGUUUAUUUUGUGAGCCGUUUAAUACGAUACAGGAUCGCAAAUUGUUAUCCAAUUAUGGCAGCCUAACUGACGACCAUAUACUGCCUUCCAUUAACCGAGUUUCAGAUCAGUUUAACUUGGUGCAUCCAGCCGACCUAUCCACAAGUUCGAUUGAUUCCACUGUCGCAGCGGCAUCAGACGUGAUGAGCUAUAUGCAACAGCAUGGCCCACUGACUUACGGCCAUCCGGAUAGCUUGUUCACAACACAUAGUCGAGCGCACACAAUCGACCAAAAGUCUUUUUCGUUUUGGAAUAAGAAUGAUUUCGAGUUGAAUCGAACCCCUGAUGGAGGUACGUUGUUCCGUGAUCCACAGGCUCCUUACAAUAUCACACUUAACCCAGGACAGCGUUCCGCACCACAUGUUCCGAUGGGACUGAAGCAUUCCCUGGUUGCAGGCAAUCCACCUAUGACCUAUAAUGGACGCCCGCAAACUGAAGAAAUGCCUGGCGCACCACCAGGAAACAUGGAACAACACGUACAAUUGCGCAACGGAAAUAUUACGGAUGCCAUCAACUUUCGAGCCGUUCAACCACAAGGAUGCUAUCCGUAUGGAAGUCACGAGAUGGAAUUUAAACCAGAAUUGAAGAAUGUCCUUGAGGUCCAAAUCCCUCACAACCAAAGUCACAUACCUGGACACCUGUGUCGUCCCUCAAUGAUUAGUGGAGCGAUGGGUCAGCAAAAUUUACAAGUUGGUCCGAUCGGUUUGUCAGGAGUUGUGAACCCAAUGCACCCUCGACAUGCGCACGUUCCACAUCCCAUUCAAGAAAUGGAGGAGAUCAACACAAAAGCACUGGCCCAGCGAAUAAGCGCCGAGUUGAAGCGGUACAGCAUUCCUCAGGCCGUGUUUGCUCAACGUGUAUUGUGCCGUAGCCAAGGUACCUUAUCUGACCUUCUGCGCAAUCCGAAACCUUGGAGUAAGCUAAAAUCUGGACGAGAAACGUUUCGCCGAAUGUGGAAAUGGCUACAGGAACCGGAGUUUCAGCGAAUGUCUACCUUACGUUUGGCAGCGUGCAAACGGAAAGAAGUGGAACACGUCAAAACUCCAGAUAGCAGACAGUCGAAGAAGCCAAGACUGGUUUUCACGGAUAUACAACGCCGCACGUUGCAUGCAAUCUUCAAGGAAACCAAAAGACCAAGUAAAGAAAUGCAGUCGACGAUUGCCCAACAACUAGGGUUGGAAGUUUCAACAGUGGCUAACUUCUUCAUGAAUGCACGGCGUCGUUCAUUAGACAAGUGGCAGGAAGACUGCAGUAAAGGAUCAAGCCUAGCCGGCUCACCAUCUCCGGACUCCCCGUCUAGCCGAACCGGUGUUAUUAAUGGGGCGAAUAAUUUGAAUGCGUGCAUGAUGAAGGAGACGAGUGAUCCAUCUUCAAACGGUCCAGUAUCUCCGACUGCUCACCUUCGUCAUUCCGGUAAUAUUAUUACGUUUAGCACCUCGGGUUCCACAGCAAAGUCGAGUGAUUUAACAUAUAAUAUGGGAUCCCGGACGGACCGUGUGUUGCGUAGUAGUGCGUUGGCUGGCGCAUUUUCCACACAUCCAUCUGGUUCUAUGAAUUCUAAUCAGAAUGGACAUGGUGGUUCACUGUUCCAGAUUGUUCAACGAAACGCUCCGAUCGCCGCUACUUUCGUGCCAUCCAGUGUUAACCAGAUUGGUCCGAAAAAUAUCCACAACAUGGGCCACCGCAAUUUACAACUCACAUCUUCACCAGACUCACAACAAACGCAUCCGGUGCACCAUUCAAAUCUGGCCCAUCAGCCAAAUGCCUUCAUUGGCUCAACUCAUCAAAGGCACCAACAGCUGACUCAGCACACUGGAUUUGUUGAUCGAGGGGAGCCUUUUAGUUCUGUACAGUCGAACAAUAUUUCCUCUUCCCUCACGGCUACGACUAAUGCAAUACCUUCGGAGUCAGUUUAUGCACACUUAAAUACCCCUAGGCCACAUCCCACACUAAUUUUCCCCUCGACCGGACUGCAUAGUCAGAAUUCGCUUGGUUCAUCUCAUUUAGGACUGUUCCACUCAAGCGGAACACCUGCUCAAGGCCAGUUACGCAGUCCACAUUUUCUGAUGCGUGAUUUUUCUGGUCAUUCUCCAUUUGAUCAUAACUUCCUCAGUACAAUGACUAGCGGCCAACGAGUGCUUACAGAACAGGCUUUGGAGUGGUGUAAUUCAUUAGCGGCUGCUAACGCGGCCAACUUGGCGACUUCUGACCAAUCAGAAAUGGAGCAAUCAAAAGAGACGAAGGAAUAUGUGAUUUCAGGCCAUUCGAAAGUUGCUCAACCAGAAGGGCGCAACGCAGAUAACAAACCAACAGAUGCGACGGGUGACGAUGACCUAUCAAUCGAACAGGAUGGAUGUUCCUCGCUUGAAUCUGUUUCUCAGGGGCCCCUUGAUGAGACAGAAUCAAUCGAGAGAGGAGAUCUAGACACACUACAGACAAACUAUUAUAACGACUCAACUAUGGAUCCAAUCAAAGAUGACUUGUCGAAUCUCAGCGAAGCUAUAUGUGGAUUAGUCGGUUCAAAUAACACAGAGCUGGACGAAACCAUCGACGACUGUGAUUCUGAUCAAACCUAAAUCACUGCGGAUUAGUUGGGAUAGCGCCUUUCAGUCCAUUGUUCAGGGAGGUUUCUGUACGAAUUGACACAAAUUUCAUGAGGUGCUGUACACGUCUCAUGAACUUGUCACGCAAGGAGUGUGCCGCAGGCAUCUUUUAUCCACUUCCCCAUCCACGGCUACCCACCGCAGUGAUAUUAGCAACUGCGUAAAGAGUCUAUCGGUGGAACUUUUGUACAGAGCUCAGAGUUCGAAAUGCCUUUCUAUUUGUUUUUCCUUGAGUGUAUUUUUGAUUUGUUCGCAUCGUUUCCUCUUUCAUAUGGUUUGGGACAAGGAAGCCCUAUUCCUGUAUGUAUAUCUCUCCUCCACUGUGUCUGACGCGUGCACAACUUUCAUACACGCCCGCGCAACUCGAAAUCCAAAGAUGAGACUGCGGCUGUCAAGAUUUCACUUCACACUCUACUAGAGUGCCUAACUGUCGGGACUUCAUCCUGUAGCACGCUUGAUAAUGGUAAUGCCUUAUCGCAAGGCAAUUUUGGUCGAAAAGCUCUUCACUUGGUCAUUUAUUAUCGAUCGAAUAGGUCACAUGCGUACACUGAUGAGCUGGUGGUGCACAUCUUUUGGAAAGCUAUUCCAUUUUCAUGAAAGAAUCACCCAAAGAGUUUAGAUAAUGUGCUAAUAGGCCAUCAUAUCACAGCUAUUCACUGUUUUUGUCCUUAGGAUAGGGUUUGUAAAGUUUUCAUUCUAUUCUAUUUUUUUCAAAUAAAGUUUAUUGCAAC